CCGCCCCGUUAAAAGCCCCGCCUCGCAGGGGCGGGCGUGCUGUUGAUGACGGAAGCGAAGAUGGCGGCGGCCGCCUCUGAGCUGCUGACCGGAUGGUGCCUCUUCGGUCUGGCGUUGCUGGCUAUUCUAAUUUUCUGUUGGGUUUAUGUGCGCAAGUAUCAGAGUCGGCGGGAAAGUGAAGUGAUUUCUACCAUAACAGCUAUCUUUGCACUGGCAGUCGCUCUUAUCUCGUCAGCGCUACUACCGGUGGACAUCUUUUUGGUUUCAUAUAUGAAAAAUCAAAAUGGUACAUUUAAGGACUGGGCUGAUGCUAAUGUUUCAAGACAAAUCGAAGACACUGUACUUUAUGGAUACUACACUUUGUAUUCCAUCAUACUGUUCUGCGUCUUCCUGUGGAUUCCCUUUGUCUAUUUCUAUUAUGAGGAGAAGGCAGAAGAUGAUGGCAACACAUGCUCACAGGUUAAGACUGCACUCAAAUAUACUUUGGGAUUCAUCACAAUUUGUGCGGUUCUUCUCUUAAUUGGUGCUUUUGUUCCUUUGGAUAUUCCCAAUAAGAAGAAUUCCACAGAGUGGGAGAAAGUGAAGCUUCUGUUUGAGGAAUUUGGAAGUAGUCAUGGUUUGUCAGCUCUUUCAUUUUCCAUUAGUUCCUUGACUGUGAUUGGAAUGUUGGCAGCUAUCACUUACACAGCUUAUGGUAUGUCAGCUUUGCCUCUAAACUUGAUUAAGGGAACUACCAGUGCAGCUUAUGAACGUUUAGAGAACACUGAAGAUAUUGAAGAAGUGGAGCAACAUUUAUUAAGGAUUAAAUCAAAGUGCAGAGAUGGUCGUCCUCUGUCAUCAAGGGAUAGACGGACUUUACAACAACUGGAAGAGAGACUAAGGACACUUCGAAGAAGAGAGAGGCAUCUGGAGUCUAUUGAGAAAAGCUGGUGGACGAAGUUCUGUAAAGCUAUCCGACCUCUAAAGAUUGUGUGGGGAGUAUUCUUCAUCAUCGUGGCACUGCUCUUCACUGUCUCUCUGUUCUUGUCAAAUUUGGACAAAGCUCUGCAUUCAGCUGGCUUCGACUCAGGAUUUAUAAUUUUAGGAACUAAUCUGACCAAUCCACUGAAUAUGAUGUUACCUGUUCUUCAAACGGUUUUCCCUUUGGAUUAUAUUCUUAUUACAACUAUUGUUAUGUACUUUAUCUUCACUUCAAUGGCAGGGAUUCGAAAUAUGGGUAUAUGGUUCUUCUGGAUAAGGCUUUAUAAAAUCAGACGAGGAAAAACUCGACCUCAAGCUCUCUUGUUUCUCUGUAUGAUACUUCUGUUGAUAGUUCUUCAUACAAGUUACAUGAUCUACAGUCUUGCCCCUCAAUAUGUAAUGUAUGGAAGCCAAAAAUACCUGGUACAGAGUAAUAAGACAAUUGAUGUCCAGCCAAGGAAUGUGACAUUUGUGUCUAAAGACUGUGAUGCAGAUGCACCUGAAGAUCAGUGUAUUGUUACUCGGACAUACCUCUUUCUUCAUAAAUUUUGGUUCUUCAGUGCUGCCUAUUACUUUGGGAACUGGGCAUUCAUUGCAGUCUUUUUAGUUGGAUUAAUUGUUUCAUGCUGCAAAGGCAAGAAAUCAGUCAUUGAAGGUGAAGUGGAUGAUGAUGAUUCAGACAUGAGUGAUGACGAACUAUCUGCUUAUUACCAUUGAUAGUUUUUUGCCUUCAAGAUGAAAAAAUGUAAUAUAAAGUUAUGUUGAAAGUCAUACCCAUGUGGAAUUGGUAUCUAAAUAAGCAUCCUUGCACUUGUAAAAAUAGAGGAAAUAAGUGUAAUCACUUAAAGGGGUCAAAAAAUUAAUAUCACUUUUUGAGUAUCACUUGUAUAAGAACAUAUCGACGCUGAAUAAUAUAUAGAAAAUAUUGUUUUAUGAUUAAACAUACGUGUAACUUUCUGAUGUGUAAUUUGAACUACUGUAACUUUCAUAAUUCAAGAUGCUCUUCUGUUAAGUUUUCUUAAAUACUUUCAUGCCUAACUUGUAGGAUUUUUUUUUUUCUAUUCAAGUUCAUAAAUAAAACUAGCUAAAAUCUGCAAAACAGCUGGUGCAAACAUUGCUAGAAAGAUUUGGAUAAGGUUUAUGCUUUCAGAAGGAUGUGACCUAACUUUUAUACUAGUUCGCUGGGUAAAAAGAGACUGUCCUAAAAGUAUGCCAGCAAACAUCCACAUAAUUGGUGAGUUCCCGGUCUGUGAAGACUAAGUCUUUUUCAUACUGUUAUCCCCACUGAGUUACCAUGAGAAUCCUCAGGUAACUAUGAGGUGGCUUUUGCUCUAUCAAAGGAAAUCAUUAGUAUGAAUGUCAAUAUUCAGCAUUGUUGCAUAGUUUUAGUACAGUUCAGUUCUGCAACUGCCAGGUGCCUGACUUAGUAAUAACCAAUGGAAUAAUUAAGCUGUGAUUAAUUUUUAACUUAUUUUUCUCUUUAAUGCAAAUUGUCUACUUUGUUUUCUUUCAAUAUUUAAUGUAAAUGUUGUCAACUUGUUUACAAGCCAAUAUGUUUAUAUAAACACAGUUCAUAAAUAUUUUCAUCAUU